AUGAAUGAGAGAUUUUCUUAACCUUUAUAUUAUAAAAUUGAGGCCGUUAUGAUAAAUCUAAUUAAUAGUUUGGUUGAUGACGAGAUCAAAAGAACUAGAAGUAAGCAACUAUUUCUAUUUAGGAAGACUAUGA